AUGCCUCCUGCAGCGAUUCCCCAACAGCAAGGGAUGACGGUUUGGCAGAAAUUGAAGAUGGGUGCUGCCAUGGGCGCAGGCGUUGGUCUCACAAUGGGCUUCAUAUUCGGAGGCCUGAGCAUUCUCCGGGGAGGCGCAGGGCCUCGUGGUGUGCUCCCGACGUUGUCGCAAUACAUGCUGGGUAGUGCUGCGACAUUCUCGUUCUUCCUUGCUAUCGGCUCUGUGAUCCGCAAUGAUGGAGAGCUGCCCCCACAUCUUGAAGCGGCGCGUCUUCAGCUUGCUUCACCUGUGAUGCGAACAAGGAGCGAGGGCCUAGCAGAUAUGAGACUGCGCUGGGCAAUGGAGAAUGCUCAGAAGCCAGAUUCGCGGUGAUGCUCCUUCUCUUCUCCGCUCACGCCCUCAAUUCGGCAUAUCUUGUGUGUGGCAUUCACCUAGCACAUGUAAGGAGCAAACGACACCCACGUUCACGUGUCAGCUAGGAGAUGCAAUCAACCC